CCCACCAUAUUAGGGUCACAUCCACGCGACGGAUGGUCGGUGCUAUGAUGGCGCUAUGAUGGAUGCUACAGAGGUGGCAUUGCUUUUAACUGUGUACAGCUACAUUUACCUCAAGUGUAUUAAUGUUCAUUUCAACGUCCUCUCCUGAAAGCAUGACCAGAAUGAACCGCUUUAAUUCCACCGUCCCAGAUGACGAGUACCUCGCGGACAGUAACGUGUUGUUCUACCUGAGUGAUGCAGUAACCCAGCUGCUGGAACACAAAGAGGAGUACACCCAGUUUGGGGUGAUCCGCUACUUUGCUGAAUAUUUCAGCAGUGUGAAGAACAGUAACCACAUCCUCUUCAGAGAAUAUAACUACAUCAGGGCCACUCCCCAUAACAGAGCCUCCUUCAUCAGAGUCUUCUGGAGAUGCUACAGACAGAUCGGCAAGAGCGGAGACUCACUGUCCGUGCUGGAGUACAGGUCGCUGCUGCAGUUAUUGUGUCCAGACUUCCCUUUGGCGAUGGUGCAGAGUGCAGCCAGAAUUGUUCUGAUGGACGAUGUCAUAGACUGUCUGAUGUCUUUUUCUGAUUUCCUCUAUGCCCUCCAGCUGCAGUUCUACUACCCAGAGUUCCUGGACAGCGUGCUGGUGAUCUACCAGGAUCUGUUAGCAGGGAAGAGUCCUAACACCGUCAUCGUCCCCACAUCCACCUCCAUCGAGCAGCUCCCUUCUGUGGCUGCAGAGGAGACCGACAAGGAGAAGCAGCCACAGGACGGAGUGGAACCGUCCACUCUGGCUCAGUGUGUUGAUGCCCUCUGUGACCGGUUCAAACGCAAGUAAAGCAUACACACACAUCCAGCCCUCACUCACUGGGACCAGACAGCGUGUAGAUCACACAUUGAUGUUAUAGUGUACAUAGUAUUUACAAGAAAAGACAUGGAUGUUCAGAGAGGUCAGUGUCCUUGCUUCCCAUUGGCUGCUGAGCAUUCAGGUUGAACCAUUUCUGUAACACUUGCAAACAUAUUAUGAAAGGACCUGUACUGCAGUUUGUUGACUGGUAUUUGUUUUCAUCAAAAUAGUUUAAGCAUGAUUCAAAUACAAUAAGACAACUUUUAGUUAGAGUUUAAAAUGAGAUUAGAUACACUUUAUAUUUGUAGAUUUCUAUUAUAUUUAUUUAAAACAAGAACUAUUUG